ACUGGAGAGACUAGAGCGCGCAAACCUACUCUCCCAAUCCCUCUCUAGUUGAAGCUGCAUCUAGUCAGAUAUUGCCGGAAACCCUACGGUUGUUGACCUUUAUCGUAGCCGCCGUAGACGGCUUUCACCGACCGUAGACCCAACAGAGGUUCUGCCGGCGACUCGAGCUGUUCAAUGGAGACACUAUUAGGGUUUGAAAGUGAGAUAGUGUCUAUUGAUGACCAGCAAGGAACAACAUCGUCGUCAUCGUCACACGGCUACAAAUUGGUUCCGUGGUUGAAUUGGGACGAGUGGGAGUAUGUUAGAGAUUCGCUCUUCUCUUCUUCUCCCCGCAAGAUAGCCGGUGCGCUUAGAAGAAUAUCAGUAUGGAGAAGCAGAGGAUGUUUACCUGUUGUAGUUGAUGUCACAGCUUCAAUUGUUGAAAUUCAGCUGAAGGAUCCUUCUUUCUAUAGUGGGGAGAACAAAAUACCAAGUGAUGCUAUACAUUCAGAGCAGAUAUUGGCCAUGUUGUAUUGUAUGGCAAUCAUUCGCCUUGUGAACUGUGUUGUUGAGAAGAAACGUAACAAAAGGGAGAUUUCAAUUGCUGCUGCUGCUGACGCAAUUGGAAUUCCUCGUGCAGUGAUUGAUGUUCGUCAUGAGGGUUCUCACCGAGAUCUUCCUGCACUUCCCCUUGUUCGAGAUUCCUCUGAAAAGGCACUUGCUUGGCUGGAAUCUUACUAUUGGGAACCCCAGAAGAAGCAAAUCCCCUUUCAAAAGGAUGGAACUGCCAAUAUCAGAAAUGAUAUCAAGUCUAAACUCAGUGAAUUAGCUUUCCUUUUGAGAGAGAAGCAGAAUUCCCAUACCGGUUCGUCAUCUGUAAAGCGAAAAGGUAGCAAACAUCAAGAACACCUUUUCGGCCGUAGUAAGUUUUUCUCACUUGUGGCAGGCAAGCUUCAUUCAUCCAGAUCUGUAGGCACAAGGAAACAGGUUAAAAAAACUCUCAAAGUUCUUGUACGUUUGUAUUCGCUGUUCUCUUCAGAAGUAGUAUCUGCUUUGUUGGAAUUCUUGCUUGAAGCUGCUAUUUCCUCAAAUACGACGGCGGUUCCUGGGGACUCCCAAGCUGGCCAAAAGAUGUAUUCUUUGUUGGAUGACUGGAAGCUUGUGGUGAUGAAAUUUGCGAGUAAGGAGCCAGAGUUGCUUCUGAACCUUCUUAAAGCUGUUCUUGACAUGAUUGAAGCUCAAGAAGUUAUGAAGUACGAAAUAGGGACACAGUCUCGCGUGAAGUUGGAGCCUGCUAUGGACUCUGACCAAAUUGAACAGCUUUCAUCUAUGUUUUCAUGGUUUAUGGAACAUCUUGUCGAGCUAAAGCCCCAGUGCUCCAAAGAUUCUGCAGCUGAAAACGACUUUCCUUCAUUAAAAGUUAAUAUACCAAAAGCGGUUUUGAAGGAGCUCCUACAUAAAUGUCUUCUGGUAUCAGCUUAUGGCAAACACCAGCUUAUGGAUUCAGCCCUGCUUCUUGCACAGCUUAUAGGUGGCAGCACUCUCUUGGAAAAACUCCAGAAACUCAGUGUAGUAUGUUUGUUUAACUCAGAUAUCACGGAAGCCAGCUUCAAUCUUCUGCAAGAUGAAUCUAUCCGUCAUGCGGCUGAGAAGCUAGAGUUGGUUAAACUUCGCCGAAUGAAAAGCAAAGUUAAGACAACAGAUGACAAUAUGAGAAAUUCAGAUAGGUGGGUUGUGGCAAAAGCAUGGAACCCAUGUCCAAUUGGCAUGUUGCCUCGUGCCCUUGGUUCUUCUGGCCGUCUUCCUGUUCUCAACUUCCAUAGUGACCAUGAAAAGUUUGGAGAGGCAUCAAAAAGGAAAGGGAACUGGGUACUUGACCGAUGUAGUGGCAGGACAGAAACUAGCUCUGAUAUGGAUUUAUUGGGCAAUGAAGGUUCUGAGAUGAGUAGAAAGAGAGAAUCCGGUACCGAGUCAGCUGACAUACAUGAAAAAUCAAGUUUGAAGAAGAUGAGGGAAACUGUAGUCGAUUGUGAAUUAGAUGGUAAAGAUUUUUCACCAUUAGGUGCUGGACAUCUGAUGAUAAAUGGCGUUUGGAAGAAUGUUGGCCAAGAAGAGUUGAUUGCCAUUCAGUCUUCUGUAAGGAUUCUGGUUUAGUAAAUCCCUUUAUCAACUCCUGACAUUCUUCUAUGAAGAUUACCGGGGACUAGAAUCCAGAGGCAUGGUAUGCUACUUACAUUCUCGUUUCUUCCUCUCUCUAUUGUUAUUUGUAUUAAUUGGUGUUUUGCUCUCGCAUAUUUUUUGCUUAAUGGUUAGAAAUUAACUUAUCAUAAA